AGACAGUUACUGAGGCAAAUUUGAAUGUUUACUUUACUUUUUCACGUGUUUGGACAAAAUGAAAAAGUGGAUACGCGAAUUUGAGCAAUCUUCCACAGCAUUAUGAGUAAUUAUAAGCAAGAACUGAAUAACUCUGCUGCAAUACGUCAGGAAAUACAAAGAUUUGAGGGCGUGCAUCCCAACAUAUAUGCAGUUUAUGAGCUUCUACAAAGAAUUCCUGACCAUGAUCUACAGAACCAAAUCAGGGAUCAUAUUAUCAACAUAGAAGAUUCCUUUGUUAACAGUCAGGAAUGGACGUUGAGUAAAUCAGUUCCAGAAAUCAAACUGGGCAUACUGGGUAGCGUAACUAGCGGAAAAUCAGCAUUGGUUCAUCGAUACUUGACUGGUUCCUAUGUUCGAGAAGAAUCUCCUGAAGGUGGAAGAUUUAAAAAGGAGGUUGUCGUUGACGGACAAAGUUUUCUUCUCCUUAUAAGGGAUGAAGGGGGACCUCCGGAAAUUGAGUUUUCCAACUGGGUGGAUGGGGUGAUAUUUGUGUUCAGUUUGGAUGAUGAAACAUCAUUUCAUGCAAUAUACAAUUACUACAGAAGACUUGUACAACAUCGUUCUUUGAAUAAUCUCCCGUUGGUGUUAGUUGGAACUCAAGAUUCAAUUUGUUCUGAGCGUCCUAGAGUUAUUUUUGACGAUCGAGCGAAGAAACUUGCCAACGAUUUAAAGCGAUGUGUGUAUUACGAGUCGUGCUCAACUUAUGGUCUUAACGUUGACCAUGUGUUCCAUGAUAUUUCGCACAAAAUUUCCACCUUGCGACGAAAAUUAGAUUAUGUGACGCCACCCAGUGGCCAUCUUUCCACGCCAACGACUCCACUUCAUCGAUCAGCGAGUACAUCAUCUGCCAUAUAUCACAACAAUGGUAUGAGGAAUGGAAGCGGAAAAUCUUUGCAUGGAGGGGAAAGCAGUUUGUCGAUAAGCAGUUUAUUAACUCCUACACCACUGAGGAAAAGUUCAAGGAGGAAAUCUAACUUAUUUUCCGGUCGGAAAGCGAGCGAUUCGGAAGAGAAGAGGAGGUUGAAUGAUCUUGGGUUCGGUCGUAACAUCCCGGUAAAACAAGGAUGGUUGAUGAAAAGAACAUCAAAGGGAAAGAUCUCAAACAAAGAGUGGAAGAAGAAAUAUGUGGCGUUGGAAGAUGAAGGGAACCUUACUUACUAUAGUAAUAUGCAUGAUUACAUGGAGAAUAUUAAUAAGAAAAGUUUAUCUGUUGUGAAAACCACCAUCAAAGUACCCGGGAAACAUCCAGCUGUUGCUACUAAGUCUUCUCCAACUUCAAAAACAGAUGAAAAUUCUGAGUUUCAUUUGAUUUCUAUGGAUGGAAUAUCAUGGCAGUUUCUUUCCUCUUGCUCCGUGGAGCGCGACGAGUGGGUAACAGCGAUCGAACGACAGAUCAUGAUUAGCCUGCAGAAUAUUUCUUCAACCAAACCAAAUCCUUGCAAGCGUUUAUUCAAUGAAAUAGCUGGCAACACUAUGUGUGUGGAUUGUGGAGCGCCAGACCCGACGUGGGUGUCACUUAACUUGGGUUGCCUCAUGUGUAUUGAGUGCUCGGGAAUUCAUAGAAAUCUUGGAACUCAUAUAUCAAGAGUUAGAUCAUUAGAACUUGAUGAUUGGCCGGUAGAAUUCACGAAAAUUCUUGAUAAAACUGGAAACCUCAUUGCCAACUCCAUCUGGGAAGGUUUGUUGAACAAUGACGUGAUGAAACCUGACCCUCAUGGUACCAGGGAUGCGAGGGAAAGUUUCAUUCGAGAUAAAUAUGAAAGAAAAUUGUUCCUCCCAAAACUUCCAGCAAAAUAUGCUGCAGAUAUAAGUUCAUCUUUAUGUUACGCAAUCGCUGACGGGAACUCUCAAUUAACAAUGCACCUGCUCGCUCAUGCGUCACGGGAUGAUGUCAAUCGUUCUGUUGGUUCUGAACGACAAGCCCCGUUGCAUGUGGCAAGCUCAGUGGCUGAUUUAGCUGUGGUCCAACUUCUCUUAUGGUCCCGGGCAGAUCCAACCCAGCUUGAUGCUUUAAAUCAAACUCCGAUCUCUAUAGCUGAGCAAAAUGGCCACUGGGAGUGCCACAGGGUCAUGCAAGCAAGCCUGAGUAAUAAUCUACCUCAAUCCUCAAAAUCACGAAACAAUUCCACUCGCAGCGAGUCUGGCAGACCCAACGUUAAUUACAUGUAUACCAGCGCGAUUUAAAUGGUGCUUCAGUGUUGACCAUUUUGAAGUUCGAUUCCUUGUUUUUUCUAGUUGCAAAAGUCGGUACGCCCUUGUUCAAAAUGAUUUUUAGUAAUACAAUGCACAUCUGUAUGAAUAUAAUUCCACUUUUAGGCUGUUUUUAUUGAUAGCGCUCACCUAGAGAGCUAUGAAAUUUUACUUCACUUCUGCCUGAGAAAACUGACACAUGUAUCCUUCUGGUUGGUGUGUACAAUUUUUUUUUUACUUGUAAAGAUAUUGCCAUUUUUUCAUUUUACUUGUAUGUGGUUAGCGCCGAGUAGUGAACUGUGCAAUCAAGGUGAUAUCCACCCUACCUAUUAUAAACACAGAUGUAUGGAAGUUCAUUGCUAUUGAUGCUUGAACAGUUUCAGUACUUCAAAUUUCAAAUCAUUGUACAUUUAAAAAUAAAACCUGAUGAUCCAAAUUUAAUUAAAACACUGCAUAAUCUUAAGCUCUUCCAGUUUUUAAUUCUAUCUUCCCUGAUUUUUCAUCUUUAGUAAAAUCAUACGAAGCAGCUUUGAUCUGUAACCUGCAAUUGAUUUGUUUUGCUGCUUACACCAGAAGAUUUAAGAACAUGACGUACUUUCGUUUUAUCUGCGCUGUAUCUUCAACAGUAUUUUGUCAUUGUGAUUUUGUUGGUGCUGCCAAUAUAUUCCAGAAUCUCCCCUUAACUUUUCCUAAGCAUGUUCUUAUAAUACACAUUCUGCAUUUCCAAAAUCCACCAAAUCAUUUUAAUUUCUAACAAUUUUCAAUUGAUUUUCUUACCACUAACCCAAACAGUGACAAAAUGGACACAACAUUUCUUUUCUUCGUGUUAAGGUUUCAUUCUACUCGUUUAUGCAGUAACAAUAAACUUGAUCGUCAUAGGUUUUA